AUGAACUGGAAAAAGGCUUUAAGUUUGGCAGGAGGGGCGGCAGCUGUGGUUGCCUUGACGUACAUGCUAAUGAAGGACGAUGAUAGUCACGAUGAAAAGGAUGAUGAAAAUGAAAAAAAAAAAAAAAAAGACGGAAAAAUGAAUAAGGACGGAAACAGGAUUAUAAAGGGAGAAUCGAUGACAAGAGAGGAUCUCCUGCAACUCUUGAAUGAAAUGCUCAAGCUACAGACGGACAUGAAAAAUAUUGUUAAAGAUUUAAUCGUAGUAGCAAAGAAUAACGGUUACGACUUUAUGUCCGUCUAUAAUGUAGCCAAGACAUAUAACACAGUGGACCCUCUGGGCAAAUAUCAAAUCGAGAUGCCAGAAUUUGACAAGGUUGUGGAGAACUACCACUUCGACCCAGAGGUGAAAGAGACUGUCUCGAAGCUCAUGUCGUCCCAAGAAAAUUACUAUGCCAACAUGAGCGAAACCGCCACCCUGAGUGUGGAUAAAAUUAUCGAAAUUCACCACUUCAUGUUAAAUGAACUGUACAAGAUCGACCCAGAAUUUAAAAAGAUCCCCAACAAGCACGAGCUCGAUCCCAAGCUAAUAGCACUAGUUAUACAAUCCAUAGUGAGCGCAAAAGUGGAGGAGGAAUUCAACUUGACUUCGGAAGACGUGGAGGCCUCCAUUGCUAACCAGCAAUACGCCCUGACUUCGAAUAUGGAAUUCGCCCGAGUGAAUAUUCAAAUGCAGACAAUUAUGAACAAAUUCAUGGGACACCCUCACAAGGACUUAAAUAAUUUACUACUCCAGUUUAGGGGAAAAAACAAGACGAACAAGACAAUCAACGGAACAAUGAAAAUGCGCAAAGACAAUAUCACCUUCCUGCUGGGGAUCAUAGCGUCCAUUCUCCUGUUGGUCGUCGGGGGGAUGCUUGACAGUGUCAACUACAUUUUAGGAUGUUACAUAUUCGUAGGACUUGCUCUAACAGUGUACACUAUACUCGCGUUUCUCGUUCCCAGCACGAAGAAGUCAAGAGAUUUUGUCUUCUCCUACGGAGUCACCACAGCAUGCAUGUUCGUCAUAUCGCUCAUGAUUCACAUAGUAAUAACUGAUUGGAAGGUAAAAUCAUCAUGCAAUUAUAACAGUGGCAAUUGCACCAAAUAUAUAUUUAUAUCCGUGUGUGGUUUUGCUUCAAGUUUCUGUUUCCUAGGUGCGUCUAUAAUGACGUUCAAGGUGCUCCGCGUUUGGUAG